GCUUCCUCCCUGGUGGCCGAUGGUGCAAAGCAGAAACAAAGCAGAAAGCCGUUUGACAAGCUGACAGAUAACCGAAUCAGGCAAUGUCGACGGAGCAAGGAGGGAGUUUCUGUGAUCCUACCAGUAAUAGAACGUCUGAGGUACCUCCGAGAAAUAUAAAUCUUCAAGAGGAAGAUAAAGAUGAGGAUCAAAAGCACGACGAAAUGACUGCGUCUUAUUCAGAGAUUUCUAUGGACUCCCUACAAAGCCCUUCUAUAGAUUGGCUUCCCCCUGAUAUUGAGGAUGGUUUAAGAAGACCAGACCACUUAGAGUUACGGGGAAUGGAACCAGACUACCUCGAAGAUUUAGAAGGAACGAUCACCCGGGAAGGAAACAUGGUACUUUUUGUGGCAGAAGACUUAGAAACAAAAAUUAAAUUAUCUAGCCCUAAAGUUGCAGAAGGACCUCCAUUCUCUGCAUCGAGAAGUGACACCCCUUGCUUAUACCGUCAAGCUUUGACAGCACCACAACUGUCACCAAUAGAUCCUCAUAUUUUAAAUGAUUUAGAAACCGAAGCCAGAAGAAUAGCAUCAUCAGUUGACACAUUAACUGAAAGUCUUGCUGGAAUUUUAAGAAGUAUAUCAGCCCUCACUGUUGACUGCGUGGAAAUAUACCGAGACGCAGUGUGUAAAACUUGUGAUGCGGUUGAUUCCAAUAUUAAGGCUAUGUACCAGCUUAUGGCAAAGUGUGAAGAGCUCAGCAAGACAAUGAAGCCCAUCUACAAGCUUGCUGAUGACAUAAAGGAGGUGAAACGUCUUCUUGACACACUUGAGAGUGCAUCAAGCAGCUGACGCCCAAGAAAGGUGGCUGAUGGUAUCAAAUGAAAUAGGUUGGCAGGUCUUUAGGAGAUUUGAAAAUUUGAAAUUUCCUUUCUACCAUUGCAGCCACUUAAUAUGUUCAAACUGUUUUUCACUUUCUUUCAAUUUGAAAUUUACAUUUUUUUGCGUAUUUAGACGCUUUGAAAUUUGUAGUGUAUUGUGUCAGUUGCAGCAAAGUAUCUCACACAGAAAAAGGCCUUUAACUCAUCCAUGUGUCUCAUGAUGGUGAAUACUAUUCUCCAAGGUCUCACUGAUGAUGAGUUUUGCUCUGUCAAGUGCAACUCUUUUUUUUGAGUGAAGACUAUGUUCAGCUGAUGCGAAGCACCAAUUUGUUGCACUUUGUUUUAAUAGAAAUUUUAUCCACUGUUCAACUGGUAUCUUGAUGAAUAAUGAAGUAUUUCACACCAGGAGAGUUCAAUCGUGGUUGAUGAUGAAAUAAAAGAGGCUUGUAUUAAUUUUAAA